CAGCGUGCGCGCCCCCUUCGACAAUGAGCUGCACGCGCGAGGUGUGGGACAUAAUGGAGGAUAGGUAGGAAAACUCUGCACGGCUCGGUAAAGAGUAGCUUAUCAACUGUUGAUAUAUUUGUAGUUGUUGCCCCUGACUCGACAAGCUUCUCGCUGCCGCAACCCGCCCGGUGUCGAACGACGACCCAAGCGACGCAACAAAAUGCCGAAUAUUAAGAUUUUUAGCGGCAGCUCCCAUCCGGAUCUUUCUCAGAAAAUAGCAGAUCGUCUCGGUCUUGAACUGGGAAAGGUUGUCACCAAGAAAUUUAGCAACCAAGAAACAUGCGUGGAGAUCGGRGAGAGCGUCCGAGGGGAAGACGUGUACAUUGUCCAAAGUGGCUGUGGGGAGAUCAAUGACAAUUUGAUGGAGCUGCUGAUUAUGAUCAAUGCCUGCAAGAUUGCCUCGGCCUCCAGGGUCUCAGCUGUCAUCCCCUGYUUUCCUUAUGCGCGCCAGGACAAGAAGGACAAGGUGGGGAGCCGGGCUCCUAUCUCUGCCAAGCUGGUGGCCAACAUGUUGUCUGUGUCGGGCGCAGACCAUAUCAUCACAAUGGACUUGCAUGCCUCACAGAUACAGGGAUUCUUUGAUAUCCCUGUGGAUAACUUGUACGCAGAGCCAGCUGUCUUGAAAUGGAUCAAGGAGAAUAUCCUUGAAUGGAAAAAUUGCAUCAUUGUGUCACCUGAUGCAGGAGGAGCUAAGAGGGUCACCUCGAUUGCGGACAGGUUGAAUGUGGACUUUGCUCUAAUUCACAAGGAGAGGAAAAAGGCAAACGAGGUCGACCGUAUGGUCCUUGUCGGAGAUGUGAGGGAUCGCGUUGCGAUUCUGGUGGAUGACAUGGCUGACACCUGUGGGACAAUCUGCCAUGCUGCCGAUAAACUCAUCUCUGCUGGUGCCACAAAGGUUUAUGCCAUCCUGACCCACGGCAUCUUUUCUGGUCCAGCUAUUUCACGCAUCAACAACGCCUGUUUUGAAGCCGUUGUCGUCACCAACACAAUCCCUCAGGAGGAGAAGAUGAAGCAUUGUCCCAAAAUACAGGUGAUAGACAUCUCCAUGAUUCUAGCAGAGGCCAUUCGCAGAACUCACAACGGGGAAUCCGUGUCUUACCUUUUCAGCCACGUCCCCCUGUAGCAACGCCGUCAUCUGUGCUCAGUAAAUACCAAAUACGAGAAGAGGGAAUGCCCCCAAACACUACCAUUAACAGAGCUGUUCUGCUAAUUAACGACGUUGAAAACAACCAAUGAAUGAAUCAGCCGUCAUGUCUUUUACUAAUGCAGCCCCCACCCCCGUCCACCCGCCCGCUUCAUUCGCCACCCUCCACCCUUUAAGUGGCACCCCUUGAUGUUCAGGGAGCCGACGCAAGCGCAACCUACCAGUUUUAGACAGGCUUAUUUAUGUGUAUGGGUAAAUGAAGUAUUUAUCCACUGUGAACUUUGUGUUUCUCUCUCAGUGCAUUUAACUCAUGGUUUUCUCCUGAUCGUCGUGUCACUUUGUUGUCAAAGAGCUUCUAUAAAUAUCCCCGGCAGGUUCCAGUGCUCAGGAGAAGCGUCUGUUAUAUAAAGCUGUUACAUUGUGCUUUCUGUUACAAUGAAUGAGUGUAGUUUCUCUGUUGCUCGAAUGGAUUACAGUUACUCCAUUUGAAUGUGCAUUUAACUAGUUUACAGUGCCACUGAAGCUCCACUCAACCAAGAGUGCCUCAAAAGUCUGAAAUGAAAUUGAAUUCCCCUCCCAAGUCUUCUACUAUUCUCCCUUUUCUUCUCCCUUUGCUUUUAGUUUUCUCACUGAUGAACUGUUUUCAGGUGUCUUAGCAGGCUGAAAACGAGAUCUUUUUAGGAUGUUUCUUUCAACUCUUGAGGUGCCCUCAUUGAGUGGGGAAUGCCCAGUGUCUCCAAAGUUUAAUUUUUAAUCUUUUUUUUUGAGUCUAAAAUGAAGAUAAAGAAGGUUUUUAGCUUGGGGUCUCUGCGGGCUGGAGCUUCCUUCAGAAAUCUUCACCUGCUAUUUUUGUGCUUUUGUUUUGUUUUGUACGUCUGGAAGGAAAAAAAGUUGUCAUUAAUGUGCAAAACUCAAGUUUUUGUGUUCUUUUACAGUAGAAAAAGGGAAUGCACCAAGUGUUUGAGGGAUGCAUUCUCAAUAAAUUUGAAUAUGCCAAAAAUAAA